CUUGAAUGUAAAAGGAAAACAGGUUAUUUAGAUCUUUUAGGUAGAACUUUAGGGUUGUAAAAUUACAUCGUUCAAUACCAACUGUUUUUGUUUUUCGAGAUCAAAGUUUAGGGCGGUUAGAUACCUUAUUGAAUUCGGCCAUUUUUGCAAGCGUAUAGUUUGUUUGAUACGAGAAUGACGGAAAGAGAGACUCUUGUAUAUCGUGCUAAAUUAGCUGAGCAAUUGGAAAGAUAUGAUGAGAUGGUUGAUGCAAUGAAGCAAGUUGUAGAAAAGGGAGAGGAGUUGACUGUUGAGGAGCGCAACUUACUUUCAGUAGCUUACAAAAAUGUCAUUGGGUCUCGGCGAUCGUCGUGGCGUGUAUUUAGUGCACUUGAGCAGACGGAAGCACAUCGAGGGAAUGCUGAAAAACAAGCAUCUACAAAAAAAUAUCGAGAGGUUUUGGAGGGUGAACUCGACCGCGUUUCUAAGGAAAUACUGGAACUUAUUGACAAGUAUUUGAUUGACAGCGCAUCAAAGCCUGACUCUAAAGUCUUUUACCUCAAAAUGAAAGGUGAUUAUUACCGUUACAUGGCGGAAUUCUCAGUCGACGCACAACGUAAAAAAGCAGCUGAGGAAAGUAAUAAAGCCUACUCAGAGGCUUCUGAAAUCGCCGCAACUCAGUUGCUCCCAACUCACCCAAUUAGGUUGGGGUUGGCGCUCAAUUACUCAGUUUAUUUCUACGAAAUUAUGAACGAUCCCGUUAAAGCGUGUGAUCUUGCUCAAGCAGCAUUUGACGAUGCAAUCGCUAAGCUAGAUCAACUAUCAGAAGAAAGCUACAAAGACUCCACCUUAAUAAUGCAGUUGUUGCGAGAUAAUCUAACUCUAUGGACUUCAGAUCCUGAGAGAGAUGACAACGCAAAGAAAGAUACAGAUGAAAAGGCCUAGAAGGUAGACCUGACAAUUGCUCGUGCUUGCUGAUUUGGCCAGAGUUGCUUUUAGGGAUAAUUGAAUUUAUUGACAUUAAGUUCCCAAGAGUCAUGUAGGUGCACGCCAGUAGUGCAGUUUAUCGUUUUACCAUUUUGAUUUUUGUUUUUUCCAAAUUAUUGCCAAGUUCUCUAAUAUGCUGGUUCUCAUAUUUUCAUGGUUAUGUUCAUUUAGGUAGUCAUUGUCUAUCAUCUUUAACUAUUAAACUUCAAAACUUAACAUUUUACUAUUAUCUGUCCUUGAUUUGACAGAUAUUUCAUGUUGUCUGAAGUUUAUCUUCAUAUUUUAAAUCUGACCACGUAAUAAUUUUUCGGAUUAACAUGUAAUGCUUUGAUCCAUAACCUCACAAAUGAGAUUUUGCGCAUAUUUUAUCUCAGUUCAAUAAGUACGUAUAUAUGAAGUCAUUUUGCUUUGUAUUCUUUUCUUUCGAAAACUAAGUUGACCUCUUGGUAUAUGAAUCUAACAAAUAUAAUCAGUUAUUCAUGUUCUUGUUGAACACUUUUGCAGAGCUCUUAAGGUCGAGUGACAGGUUAUUCCAUUCGUUAUCGCAUUCACAGUGAUGUUAGGUUGCCAAAUCCAGUCGGUUAACGAAGAACUUCAAUACGUGUACGAACUCGAAAUAGUGGCCAUUUUUAAUAUGUUAAGAUCCGAAAGACAUUUUUAUAACUAC